GAUGGCGGACGAUGGAGGUUGAAUAACAGUUUACAAACAUUUGGAAUUUUAURUCAAUUUAUCAACAAUAACGARGCAGAUUUUAUAGAAAAUGUAUAUCACUUCUGCAAGAUUACUUUAUCUGAAAUUCUAUUCAAGUACUCUAGUCAGGACUUCGUUUUCUGCUUGGAAGUCAUUUCCAUGUAUGCCCCAACAGCUGGUCAAGAGAUUUGUAACGUUUGGGUAUUCAAGACAGCAGACAUCAAUUGUGAAUAAAGACUGUACUUCUUUACGGUUUUUUUUACGUCGGACUUACCGUGGAUUUGCUAACAAAACAAAUGUUCAUUCUGAUUUCAAUCGUAACAAGACAACUGUGCUGUACGUUGGUGCACUUGCUGUGACUGUUCUUGGUUUUUCAUAUGCAGCCGUCCCCUUGUAUAGGCUCUAUUGUCAGGCUUCUGGCCUUGGUGGUACAGUUAAACAGGCCGAUAUUGGUGAAAAAAUUGAAAGUAUGGAAAGACAAGAGGACAGAAUUUUGAAAAUUAAAUUUAAUGCUGAUACUAGUUCCUCUAUGCAGUGGCACUUCAAACCUCAGCAAACUGAAGUCAAGGUAGCUCCAGGUGAGACUUCCCUUGCAUUUUAUACAGCAACAAACCCAACAGAUCAACCAAUCACAGGAGUAUCAACAUAUAAUGUAGUACCCUUUGAAGCUGGUCAAUACUUUAAUAAAAUCCAGUGUUUCUGCUUUGAAGAACAACGACUAAAUCCACAUGAACAAGUAGAUAUGCCAGUGUUCUUUUUUAUUGAUCCUGAGUUUACUGAAGACCCAGCCAUGGCAAAAGUUGACACAAUUAUCCUGUCUUACACUUUCUUUGAAGCAAAAGAAGCUGAGAAUAUGGGCUUAUGACCCUUUACAGAAGUUCAUUAAAAUAGCAAAAUCUUUUAC